AUGCCUCAACUUAAUUCUUCGAUAAAUUCGAAAUCAGCUACUGAUUGCCUCAUUAAAGUCUGUUAUGCAGACUUGAGUUUCAGAAGAACGGUAAUACUGAAGCACGUUAGCUAUGAAUCUGAUGAAGAAAAUGCAUUUUAUAAUGAAAUAAUUCAUGCCGUGAACAACAACAAUAUACAACUAGUGGUACUUGAAGAAAUUGAUAAUUUGAACGAUACAAUUAACAUUGAUGACGCUGAUUGGUUAGUUGUUGUUUAUUUUAAAAAUUGUAAAGCAUUGACUGAAUUUAACGUGAAAAUUGUUUUUGAAAAAAUUAAAUAUUUUAUAAUCGUAUCGGAUGACCUAAACGAAGAUUGUACAAGCAAAAUGAAAACUAUUGGAAAUGUAAUAAAUAAAUACGAUGUAACAUUCGUUUUCAAUGAAAAUAAAGAAGAUAAUUUUAAAUUUAUGACUUUUAUACCUCAAAUUGAUGAAGAAACUUGCAAAGAGAUCGUAACGCUACCGAAAAUAGUUAAUAUCUGUGCUAAUGGCCAAAUAGAAAGAAAAAGUAUAUUUCCAUCGAAAAAUCCGAAAGAUAUAAAAAAAUGUCCUAUUAAUGUUGGCAUGGGGUCUUUGUACCCUUUUGGAAUUAUUAAUCACAAGGAGAAGUACAAAACGUUUGAUCCACUGAACGAAACAGAAGUAAGAGGGUUGGAUGUAGAUUUAGUCAAAGUUCUAGUAAACCAGUUUAAUGGUACAUUGAAUUUGUAUUUCAUCUAUAAGAAAGAAGAAAAUCCUUUUGGGCAAUUGGAUUUCAUUCCUCUUGUACUUAAUGGAAGCCUGGACGUCAUUGCUGGCGGCUUUUACAGAAUUUAUGGAAAUGUUGUGGCUUAUUCCGGAAUUUAUACCAGUCAAGCCGUUACUUGGAUGUAUGUUGCAAACAGAACCACAAAAUCCUGGCAAAGUCUAAUAGUAAAAAUAGACGGCUUAUACAUUUUUGUUAUAUUCCACCUCAUAUAUAGCUAUGUUUGGUACUUUGUGCGAAAAUUUGAUGAACAGGCAGUGGAUUUUAGAAAUACCAUACUGUACAGUUGGGGAGCUUUGGUCGGCACUACAUCGCUACAAGACGCUCUCUCUUUGAAACAGAGAAUACUGAAUUUAACGUACCUUAUUAUGUGUGUUCAUUUAUCAGCAUACGUAAGUCUGCAUUUAUAUUACUUCUUGACGGUUUUAGAGCCACCGGAGCUGUUGAAAAGUAAUGAUGACGUCAUGCGAUCCGGAAGACCCGCGUUCUUAAUACCGAUAUCCAAAUAUUUCGUACUCGACGAGAAAUACCUAAGUUUUGCUAACGCGUCCGAGGAAUGCACGAAAUUUCAGGACUGCUCCGACCUAUCUCUACUUCGCAACGGCGUAACGAUAAUACUACAAGGAUUCUUUUUGAAUUACCAAGCGAGGACAGCUAUUAACUAUGAAGCUAAAGUACUCAGCGCUGCAGAGAACGUGUUAACUGUUUAUUACGAGAUGCUGUUGAGGAAGAACAGUCCCUACGUUGAAAGACUUCAGAAGCUGAUGACACAUUUGUUUGAAGCCGGCAUACCAGAUAGGUUUUAUCGUCACGCUAUUGGGUUGACGGUGAUUGGGAAAGCUCACAGCGCCUGUCAGAACACAGUUAGCAACAGCUACAGUUGCCAGUCGGGCUGCAAAAUAACUUUCGAUCAAUUCGCCGGAGUGUUUUAUCUUUGGCUAUUCGGAUGUGUCUUGUCUUGUGGCGCUUUUAUUUUCGAAUUGUUCAGUAAAUUCGGAAGGGCAUAA